CGUGAGAAGACGCUUAUUGCAGCCGUGGAAGUGUUGUUGAACAAAAUACGUGCCACCAACACAACGAUAACUGGACGCUUUCGCUCCCGUACAUGCGAUCCGUGUUAUUGUGCUAUAGUUGUUGUUGGUGCUGUCUUGCCGCGUGAUCACACUAGAUAGAAGGCGAAGAAUAAAAGCAUUAUAAAAUUAGUCAGAAGUAAAGGAAGAACAGAAACAAGGGGCGUUCUGCAAAAUAAGAGGAAGAAAAUAGCUAUAUAAAACAAUCCCGUGUGUUAAUGUGUUCUCCAUCGGCUUAGCUCUACAUUGGAGUGUGUUUUCUGUUGUUAGUGUGUGCUUAUUUAUAAACGGAUAGCAUCGUCGUUGCCGCCGUGAGGACUGGUCGGUGGAGCCCUGAGAAGGGGAUUGAGUUGGGUUUGAGCGAAAGCAGUAAAGCGAGAAGAGAGAGAGACAAAAAGUGGCAAAGAAUUCGAACAACAACCAUCAGUUUUGUAUGUUAAAGGUUUCCUCGACCGCUUCUACCUCCCGGCGAGUUCCGCGUGUCCUUUCCACCGAUUUCGCAUUAGCGGAACUGACUGCUUCGUGGUUGCUGAGUGAAUUAGUUUCGUUUGCCGUAGUGGCGAACAAGAUACAACAUACGGUUUAGCUCGGGGAACUGUCUGUGAAAAAAACGACAAACUAGUGACCGAAGCAUGACCCCCGAACCGGACGGUGAACGAUGCGGUUCGGUGUGUUGAAGAAAAGAGUUAAUAUUGCAUGAGAUGAGUUAAUAAAGUAGGCGUUUUUGUGGUUUUAUUGCUGCCUUUGAAACUAGAAUAACUGUCAAAGUGUAAGGUUAGCAGAAUUGAGAGAGUGUUCGAGUUGAAAAAUUAUGUGAACCGUUGACAGUUGCAGUAAAAAUGUCAAAUCAUGCGAUUCGAGGAUAUGUGAAAGAAAAUUUCUGUUCAAGCUAGAUUAAUUUGUGAUUCGAGUUUCGUCGGGCCGGUGUUUCCCGGCUACCAUUAGAAAAUCAUCAAUCUGGCUUCGGCACAAGCAGGAAGUGGAAUCCUAAUAUUUUGCUUAAUAGUUCCAUCUAUACUACUUUGCACUCCAGUCCGUGCCGCUCGUAACAACUUCCUUCGGCAUGAUGACGCCUUGCCGAAAGGAUGCACCUGGACUGGUGCGGUAUUGGAAGUAUCGCAGGAGAAAAGAUCCGAUGAGUUGCAGUGUAAAAUCAAAACCAUAACGAAGACUGAGAGUCUGCUGGCUAAUAUAAGUAGUUAUCAAAUUGAUAGGAUUAAAUCGCUGAAGCUAGAAUGCAACGACAUUAUGUUCUUUGAAAGUUCCUUAGAAUCGACAACAACACCCGGGAAUUUCUUGGGUAAUCUAAACAGCCUGCUGAGGUUGUCGAUCGAAUAUUGCAAAAUAAAAUACAUCCCAGCAAUGGCAUUUUCUAACAUGAAAAUAUUGAAGAGUCUUACUCUUAGUACACAUAACGUGGAUUGGUCUGUGAUGAAUCUAGAACUGCACCCGGAGAGUUUCCGAGGGCUUACCGAGCUUAAAGAGAUCCACCUGGCGGAUAAUAACAUCUGGAGUCUGCCAAAUGAAGUGUUCUGUCCGCUUUAUACAUUGAAAGUGCUUAAUUUGACAGGAAACAGGCUUAGCGAUAUUUCCCAGCUGGGUCUAUCUGAUUGGGGCAAAGGGCCAAUAGCCCCUGGAAAAGCAUGCAAUACUGGAUUGGAAGUGCUGGAUUUAUCCGGAAACGAUAUCACAUUGAUGGCUGAUAAUGGCCUGUCGGCUUUGCGGUCACUGAAUGCACUUUACCUGCAGGACAACCUGUUGAAAGAAAUAGCUGACCGUGCGUUUGUCGGUCUUGGAACAUUGGAAGUGCUCAAUCUCUCCAACAACAAAUUGACCGCUCUUACCCCGGAAUUGUUCCUGUCAUCUAGAAAAAUUCGACAAGUGCACUUGCAAAAUAAUUCUCUCUCGGUACUCGCGCCCGGCGUAUUCGAAGGCCUAGACCGAUUGGAAACGUUGGACCUCUCCCGGAAUCAACUUACCUCGACGUGGAUCAAGCGGGACACAUUUGCCGGUCAAGUGCGCCUAGUUGUACUCAAUCUGGGUCACAAUCACCUCUCCAAGGUGGACCAGCACGUGUUCAAGGGUCUUUAUAGUCUGCAAAUACUAAAUCUGGAACACAACGCGAUAGAACUCAUAGCCGAUGGUGCAUUCAGUGAUUUGAAAAACCUACAUGCCCUCUUUCUAUCCCAUAACCGGUUGCGUCAGAUUGAGCCGUACCAUUUCAGCGAGCUCUAUGUCCUCAAUCAGCUCAUACUGGAAUCGAAUCAGAUUGCGUACAUUCACGAGCGUGCCUUUGAAAAUCUGACUCACCUGCACGAUCUCAGCCUAAACGAUAACCGGCUCGAGGAGAUACCCUCCGGGAUGAAAAGUUUGAAAUUCCUGCAAUCGUUGGAUCUCGGCAAAAACCAGAUAACGGAAAUAAAUAAUUCCUCCUUCGAGGGGUUGGAGGAACUGAUGGGACUGCGGCUGGUCGAUAAUCAGAUAACGGAAAUUUCAAGAGAUACGUUCUUUGCUCUGUCCACCAUUCACGUGUUGAAUUUGGCCAGCAAUCGGAUUCGCCACGUGGAUCAGUCGGCGUUCAGCUCUAAUCCCACGCUGCGGGCUAUUCGGCUCGAUAACAACGAGCUGGAGGAUGUGGCCGGGGUUUUCACCUCCCUCACGUCACUGGUGUAUUUGAAUAUCUCCGACAACAACAUCGGAUGGUUCGAUUAUUCACACUACCCACAGUCCCUGGAGUGGUUGGAUAUACACAAGAACAAUAUCUCGGAGCUGGGAAAUCGCUAUGAUGUGGGGAAUUGGUUCCAGUUGAAAAUGUUGGACGUUUCGCAUAAUCGUAUCAAACACAUCAACUCGAGCUCGUUCCCGAAAAACAUCGAAACCCUGCUGCUGAACAACAAUUUGAUUGAAGAGAUUACCCCCGAGACAUUUACCAACAAGGAGAACCUGGUGAAGGUGGUGCUGUACGGUAAUCACUUGCGUCGGCUGGAAAUGUCCUCGUUGGCACUGACGCUCGUUCCGGACACUCGGACAAUGCCCGAGUUUUAUAUUGGUGAUAAUUUAGUGCACUGUGACUGCAGCAUGGAAUGGUUACAACGGAUCAACGAGUUGAGUUACCUCCGACAGUACCCACAGGUGAAAGAUUUGGACUCGGUCAUGUGCACCAUGGAACACGAACGGGGGGAACUGGUGCGGCCACUGAUGGAAAUGAAGGCCAGCGAGUUUCUAUGCAAAUAUGAGAGCCAUUGUUUUGCUACGUGCCAUUGCUGUGAUUUCGACGCUUGUGAUUGCAAGAUGACAUGCCCGGAUCGGUGUAGCUGCUACCAUGACACGGCCUGGGAAUCGAACAUUGUGGACUGUGGCAGUGCCGGUCUGAUGUCGGUUCCGGCGAAAAUCCCCAUGGAUGCUACCGACAUUUAUCUCGAUGGCAAUAACUUUGGGCAGCUGGAAAGCCAUGUUUUCAUUGGAAAGAAGAAACUAAAGUCACUCUACUUGAACAACAGCCACAUCGGUUCGGUGAAUAAUAAGACCUUUGGAGGGAUUCCGGCACUGGCUGUGCUGCAUCUGGAGAACAAUGGACUGGAGCAAAUUAGUGGUGCCGAGUUCGAACAGUUACGGGAAUUGAAGGAGCUCUAUCUGGACCAUAAUGCCAUCAGUUCCAUCGGAAACAAAUCGUUCUAUUAUCAGAAAUCAUUGGAAGUGCUUACGAUUAGUGACAAUAAACUCGGUGAAUUCAAGCCCUGGGAAUUGAUGCCACUGGGCGGCACGUUUCGGCUAAUCUCGUUAAGUGGCAAUAAACUGAGCUGUGUUUGUGAAUCGUUAGGGAAACUAGUGGAAUGGGCCGAACGGCAGUUUAACGAAACGAAUGGGCUAAGUGAAUUUCAGUGUUCGAAUAAUAAAUUACUAAAGGAUGCGAUGAAGGAAUGUGAAAGCCAUAAGAGUGCCCCGAUUGCGACACCGACCGUGCAAAGGACGAUUAUCGAUAAUGAUUUUAUAGACUACUUGCCACUGUUGAUUGCCGUGCUAGCCGGACUAGUGCUGACGAUUCUGAUAGUGACGCUAGUGUUCAUUUUUCGGAACGAUGUUUGCCUGUGGGCCCACUCCCGGUACGGGGUGAGAAUCUGUAAGGAUCCGCUCAGUGCGAUGGAGCGGUGUGAGGACAAUGAGAAACUCUACGACGGCUAUCUUAUCUACAGUGCUGCCGAUGCCGAUAUGGUAACUAGUCAGAUAGCACAAGAACUGGAACAUAAUGGUCAUGCACUUUGCCUGCACUACCGGGAUAUUCAUUCCGCUGCGUUUCUAGCAGACUCGCUGCAAGGUGCAGCGGAUGCGUCCCGAAAACUGAUCCUGUUUAUUAGUGUUAAGUUUUUGCAACUGGAGUGGUCCCAGCCAGAGUUCCGAGCUGGAUUGCAAGCCGUCCUGGAACUGAUCCGGCCCUCCCGACGGAAACAGAAGCUGAUACUGAUCACCUCGGUGCCUCACUCGAUGCUCACGAUGGAUCCGAUUAUGGACAUUCUCACGCGAACCUGCACCGUUAUUGCGUGGGACGAGCGUCGUUUCUGGGACAAACUCCGUUUUGCCAUGCCGGACAUAGGCAAAAACUCUCCUGUAAAUAAAGCACCCCAUCGCAAAGCUAUCAAUAUUCGGUACACUCCGGCACCAACGAACCCUUCCGCACCGAUUCCUACGUGGCCCAAGCGGCUCAACUCGGAGGUAUGCGUUCAAUAUCCUCCCCAGCCGCCGCGUUCUCCGAACCACAGUACUUACAACACCGAGGAUGAACAUUCAACUGCUUCCUCGCCACAGUACGAGGCACCGUCGCUUCAUCACGCAGGAGGUCACGCAAUGACCACCCCGUUUCACCAUCACCACCACCAUCAUCAUCCGGUAAUGCCUCAUCUGACGGCGCCACCGCCGUCACAUCACAUUCCACUGCAGUCCACGCAGUCCAACCAAACGCCACACCUGCAAACCUAUCCCCAUGCCAUGCACCACCACAGUGGUGGUGGUGGUGGUGGUGUCGGUGGAAGCGGUCCCGGCAGCGGCAGUGGCGUCGUUGGUGGUGGCAACAAUGCAGGAGCUCCCGUGGGGUACUACCGCACCAGUAAGUCCAACAAUACCAACACCAUGGGUCACGUGUACUCUACCAUCCCGGAGUCCCAGUACAACACGCAUCACUCCAAUCGCAGCGAUAGCAAUCGACCGUACUUUGUGUAAUAUUUAAUCUACUUUUAGCCCAUUUUUAAAAUCUACUUUUUCGCUCUCUGUCUCACUCAUUCGUACUCGCUUCAAUAGAGUUCACUAUAAACGUGAAAAAUGUGUAUAGAAAUUGUUCACUACUAGUAGGCUAGGUUAAACAAAAAAAACGAAACAAGAAAAGACUUAUUUGGUUAGGAACCUUAGGAGCACACUCCCGUUGGCACCAUAAAUAUUUCUCUCUCUCUCUCUCUAGCUUUCAUCCAGACGUAUUGGUUGGUCAAUUUAGAAAGCACUAUUUCCUCAUCUACCCGUUCUGAUGAGAAAAGCGAUGGCGACGCUAGCCACCAUGUGAUAAAGCAGAUCCCAGUAUAAUCAGACUGUUUGUUGAUUUGUUUUAAUUGAAAGUGAUCGAGCGGCUGACUUUCUAUCAAUAAUAAUAAUAGUACCCCGCUGUAAAGGAAAAAGAUGCGAUGGAGCACGCUUCAAUUACACACAACGGAAAGGGUCGCGCCCCGAACAAUAGCCCACAUUGUGUUGAGGUUACCACUCUACAAGGCGGUUUAAGUUAUUUACUUAUCAGCUCCAGCAAGCAAACAUAAACAGCAACUUGCGUGUGUAGCGCGCGAAAAGCACUUUCGAUUGAUUGCGCGGCAUUUUUGUUUUGUUUUUGUUUUCUUUUUCAUUUUCGGAACUGAACUUUGAUGGACUGUCAACACUGGGGACACAAACAAUUCUCGAUCUAUGUAGGACACAAUCUUUCGACAGGUUGCAAUGAACUGUCAUGUUCGGUAGGGAAACAACUGAUCAUAGUUCUGAUAACGUUGUGGUUGUUGUACGAAAAUCGAUUGACCUUGGACUCGAAAGCGAGGUGAUAACUGGUGAUAAGACGCCAACAUCUUUUGAAAGUUGUCGUGGCAUAUAAAUUUAAUUUAAUUCGAACCAGAGGCGGUUGUCAAGCUGACAUUUGAUGAAUUGGCUAUUGUCCGAUUGGGAAUCACGCGUGUUUGAAGGUUAGCCUUAAUUGAAUUGGCUGGGUGUGAUUUGGUGAGCAAAUAAAAUUCCUCUUGAAGUCAAUGCAGAUAUACAUUUUCGCAAUGAAUAAAUUGUGUAGAAUUUUCUUGUUGCGGAAACUGAUGUGAUUAAAUUAAGGUUGCAUUCUGUUCGAAAGCUGUAGCAUUGAUAAAUCAACACAAAUAAUACAAGCAAAAUUAACAUAGUGUGGACGCCCCCAAAAUCAUUUCCUAGCCUCGCUAUUCUUUUCUUUUUCUGAUUAUUCAACUGCAAUCAAGAAAUACAACACGACACACAGUGGUGGAUUUUCGAACAAAAGUCGGACAACACCUGAAAUGUUACCUAAUUCGACUGAAAAUCACAAUCAUUUUAAAGUGCUAAACUCAUUUUCGAUGUCAUGAAAUAUUAGAUUCAUUUCUCCAUACAGUGUCAUUGAAUCUUCCUUAUGACUAUGAUCCCAUUUUAUGGUACAUUUCCCGUUCCUGUUCACCAAUCUCCACAAUAUCUUGAAAAAUGAACAACAUUACUUUAAAUCCAAUGUAUAACGUGUUGGUUUACUGCAUAUUUCCCAAUUAUAUUGCGCAAAACACCAUGCGCCUUCAUAUCAGUAACAAAAAUUCUCGACAAACAUAUGAUUACGGCCUAAAAGCCAACUGUCAAAAUCCACUUUGAAUGGAAAUUCCAGACAAACCGUUAUUAGUCGAACACAGUUCACAACAGUUUAUGAAAGAGAAAACUUUUCUCUUUCGUUUACUACCAAUAUCUGUGAUUGACGUGUGACGGUUUGUCCGGAAUUUCCAUUCAAAGUGGAUUUUGACAGUUGGCUUUUAGGCCGUAAUCAUAUGUUUGUCGAGAAUUUAACCCCUUCAUGCCCAUGUUGUUUGCGGACAACAACGUUUUUAAACAGCUGUAACUUUUGAUGGAGGCAAGAUUUGCUCACAAAAACAAGUAACGCUAAUAAAAGCAACUAUUGUCUUUCAUUUGAGUAAUAUCAGUUACAAGGAUCAGCUCUAGAACUGAAGUUAUUGCAAUUAGUCUUAUUGGAUUCCGAUGGAGCAGUGCUGCCAGGGACAGUUUACGUUGACAACGGAUAAUGAAUUUUUCAUAUAUCUUCGUUACGUUGAAAUAUUAUUGAAAACUAAUAAAACUUAUCAAUUUAGACAGUUUUUGGCUACGUUUUAUAGGAGAAUUGCAUUGAAGGUAAAAAUUGAGCAAUUUCUAGCGCUGAUAAGGAAGCACCUAUAUUUAUGAAAAAAAAAGGUUUUUUGUGUUUUUUGACCCCACCGUUUUCAAGGAAAAAAUUGUUUUGCAACCUUACAUGCACUAGAAAAAAGUUGAAAAAAAGGGUUAAAAUCUCGUUAAACUCGUUUGCGCACCGAAGCGCAGAAUGAGACCAUUAUAUUCGAGUAGUUGUAAUUGCCCAUAGCAUGUAUAAUAUUUGUGCGUUCGGCACUGUUUUGUCAGAGUGUACAGAAUACAUUAAUGAAAAAAUAUUUUUGAUCUGACCACCUCACACAUAAUUAAUCAAAAAAGCCAUAGUUCCAAGCAAAUUUAGCAAAUAUAUGGUCGGUGUUAAGUCAGACCGGACUAAGUCGCAAAACAUCAAAAAAUGAGAAAAUGAUAGCACUGGAUAAAUCAUUUCGUCAGCUACAUUCGACUUUUGUCAGAUUUUAAAUAUGUAACAAUAAACAAGAAUUAUGGAGAAAAAUUAUUUCCAAUUGUAAUGUAUAGGAUGCUGCGAUUCAAACUUUAAACUCGUUUUUCUUGAAAUCAAUAUUUUGUCACUUAGUCCAGUCUGACUUAAUACCGACCAUAUCAUAAUCGCAAAUCAAGCUUUUUUCCCUACAAAAUUUAACUUGUUUUGCUAAAAUCGGACCAAAAUUAAAAGAGCAACAGGCUUUUGAAGUGAACAUAGAAAUUGUGGGUUUUAAAAAGAAAAUCACUAAAAAAUUCGGAUAUUGCGACGUUAAAAAUGCUGUUAAAAAUCGUGUUUGUAUCCAACGAUCAAGAAAUUUUGAUUAUUUAAAUAUUAAACAUAACUUUUUGAAGUUUUGUUCGGCCUCCAGCCACUGUUUCUCAAGUUUCUUUUUUUUUUUCUCUUUGCAGUAUUUAUGUUUUAGAAUAAAUAGUAUCAAAAAUAGAUGCUAUAAACUUGUAAUUAUUAAAAAAUUCUUAUUCUUCGUCGCUACUAACUUAAUCAUUUUUAAAUAUACCAGCACUUUUUAUUGUUACCUAAAUAAAUCGAGAUUUUUUUAAAAGAUGGCCAUUAUAGGACUUUUAGGAGCUGAGUUAUUAUUCCUGCAAAAUGUCUUGAAAAUAUAUUAAACGUCAGCUCUUGUAUCCUCUCGUUAUUUUCUUUGUUUUUGAAAAAGUUAUCUCAGUGAUACCUUAAAUUGAGAUUUUCAAGAAAAAAUUACAAAAUUUUUGUUUUACCGGAUUGACACCAAAUCGUUUCUAUCACCAUCAAGUCUCAUCUCAUGAAAAAAAAUUUCCAUGUGUCAGAAAGGCAGUUUUACGAGAUUACACAAGAUCUCGACUUUUCAUGACAUUAUAAUAGUUUUUUCGAUAUGCUAAGGUAUCUUUUAAGGUGCAUCCGGUUUGAAAAUUCAGGAUGACCGUAAAUAUGGGAUCCCUACUGUAUAUCAAGACUAGUAUAUCGAAGAAAUUAUUUUUGGUAGCUGUGACCUGGUUGGCGAAUUGUUUAUUAUGGAUCGUAUCAUUAGAUUUGAAUUACCAGGUCCUAGGUAUAUGUCCUAGACAUUAUCCACCCAUAUUUUAGCACAUGCUGAUAAAACAAAGAUGCUCUUAAGAUCUAUUCUGCUUUACCAUCCUCUGACUUGUCCCUUUAUUUUUUAAAUCCUUGUAAUUUCUAUAUCAGACCCUUACAUAAAUAAACUCCUGAAAAAACCAGCUAAUGGUAGAGUGAAUCUUGAACAAGAUUUGUCAUCUAGCACUCUGUUUUCCCGUUUAAAAUUAUACACAUUGAACUCGCUCAACCAUAUCUGAUCUUCUUUAUUCUAAAGAUUUCAAAAGAACUGUCACGGAAAUAUUCGACCUUUAGUGGACACAGAAAAGUUAAUAAUUUUGAUAUUCUGUCUGAAGCAGGUAAAUUACAUUACUAGCGACAAGCCUUUUACGGAGUGCUACGUGUAUACAUGCCCGCGCACAAUGUUGAGAGUGACGGUCUACCAACCGGUCCGAGUUUAUCGUGCGUUGAUCUACUGAAGUACGGGGUUAGUUGUUUCAAGGGCCCCUUGCUCCAGUGAUCUAAGGUUUUGAAUGGCAAUUGCACUUGACGGGACAAAAUGGUGUGUUCUUUCAAACUCGUGUUGGUGUGUCCUUUGGUGGUAUUGCAUUGCGUUUCAUUACAUCUUCUUUGACGUUUGUAUCACGCGAAUGAACCAUUGGUAGUGAUAUGGCUUGGUGUGACAAUUGCGCAGAGAAUCAUGAGCAUGACUCUUGAAUUAGGAAUGCUGAAAAGUGUACAUACUGUGGGGAGAAUCCACAUUACCAUGUCUCGCAUACAAAUAGUGUCCGAGGAAUCUAUAGCUUUUCCUGAAAAACACUCUUUGUGAUUUCUUACACAAAUAUUGAAAAGAGCUAAGCCACUACGGACUGUAACUCUGAUGAUCUCACAUUUAAUUGCCCAAAAAACUAUAAGCAGGUGAGACUCCUUGUUAAGGUUUGAAUUUUUCUCUUGAAAGGCCACUAAAUAUACCAGAUUGAGAAAGCACUGACAGCCGAAGAAAACAGCUAUUUGAGACCAAACGAGAAUGUUUCAACGCUUUCAGGAAUACCAAAAAUCUGAUGUGACAUUUUAGCAAGAGGUUCAACUUAGUACAGGACGCGUUGAGCACCGGCCACUUUUGGUAUUGCGGAACUCCCCUCGGUAUCAAGGAGACUCCUAUUCUCACGGUACGGUAUGGGGUUGUCUUCUCAAUUAUAAUUGAUCUAGCUUAAUCCACGAUCUUUACUACAGCCUUAAGGAGGUGGACUGCUUUACUGCCUAUACUUACACAUCUAUCCCACUUGUGUUUCUAUGAAACUGGGCAAACGAGCAAUAAACUUUGCAAACAUUUUCGCCAUUUUUUAAUUAGAAGUUUUUGCAGUUGAAAUUUUCGUGUCGUGUAUGUCAAUCAAGUUAGUUGUUGGUUCCUUUGUCCACUUUACAUUUGAGAACAAUACCAUUUAUUGUGAAUAAAUCUGAAUGGGACUAACAGGACCGUAGCGUAGUCUUUUGGCGCCUUUGGUGGAGUGUCAGUUGUGCAUUUCUUUGGUGUUUACAUUGGCUUUCUUUUUAAGUUCGAUUUUACUGUACAUUAAUUUAGUGUGUACUUGAAAUUGGCACUCAUACACCCAAAACGGCGCACUCAGAUUUUCUGUACCUUGUACCAUGACGACAUACACCCAUUAAGUAGAAAAAUGGCAUAUAUAAGCUUUACAUUAAUGAGGGAGAUAAUAUCGCUUGGAUUCCCGUCGCUGGCAUUGCAGCAUCGUCGUCAUUGACGCAUUUUGCCUUUAACCAUUUUUUCCGCUGUUUAUUAAUAUUUCGUUUGCAUGUAUGUGUUGGGAAGUAAUCCUUACUAGAAUAAAAAAAAAGAUUAACGGUAUCAGGACUGGUACUGACAAACAUCUACUCGCCAAAACGCCUAUUUACACCCUAGGCCAUAACGGCACAUGAUAAGUAGUUGUUCGAGUGAGCUAUACGAACUGGUAUGUGUUAUUCAAGUUAUCUCUGCACUGUGUAGCCAACAGCGUGUAGCUAUAGGGUACGACAGAGUUACAAAUAUUCAAAUUCAUUAAGUGAAAAUUGAUCAUAUUCAGCCGCAUUCAUUUUCAACAUUCAGUGGCGCAACUGAAAACGUCAAACGUUCCAGCUGCCCAUUCAUUCAGUGCAGAUUUUCAUUCAUCUCUGAUUAUUGAAUACUUUACGGUGACGUCACAAAUGAACUGAGUGUUCAUUUUGAUAGUUCGCUUGUACUGUUUACAUGGACUUAGAAAAUUUCUUUGCGAUUUGCUUCGAGCGAAUCUAGUCUUCCACAAAUUUUUGUAAGUCCAUGUAAAGCGUACAAGCGAACUGUCAAGAAAAGUGAGGUUAACCGAGUCAGUAAAGAACCUAAUUACACGAAGCGAACUUGCAACAACAAAUCAAACGCAUCAAAGUAGGCCUUGGUACAAUGUAAGCGAUGAUAAUUAAUAUUUUAUAUGUUUUAGCAACAUUUGAAAACAUUUCCUUGGAGAAUUAGUGAAAUGAAUAAUAUUGCACGAUAUUCAACUGAAUGAAUAACAUGGAUUUUUGAAUGAAUAUUUUUUUAUUCAUCACGUCAUGAAAGAGCUUUGAUUAUUUUUAACCCUGGGGUACGAUAUUGUAUUGUUGGUUACAUACUAACGCAUCAUUUGGGAGCUUUUCGCUUACAGUUUGAGAGCGAAAAAACAGAUGCAUUUCCGCUCCCAAAGAUUCGUUUUGGGUGUAUUAUGAUUUAUUUUAUGAUAUAUCCUUACUUCUUUUUUUAGCGCAGACCAAGAUUUUAAUCCGGUGAACCGCACGCUACGGGCAUGAUCAUACCACUAAAAUAUCUUGGAGCUGGUUCCGUUCGAGCAGAGAAUUAAUAAAAUUUAACAAUUGAAACAAGUCAACCGAUUUGCAUUAGCUUCUAUCUAUUACUCUGAAAGAGCCUGAUCAAUGGCAAACAUUUUUCACUAUUUGCUAUAUGAUGUGACUGGUAAUUGGUUUAAAUCUAAGACAGGACAUGACAAUGGGAAGGUCGUUUUUGUUCAAAUUUUACGUGAGAAUCCUCCAGUUGCUUAUUGGUUUAUUCUAACAACUUGCACUAAAGGAAAUGUACUGUACUGUACGGAUAGUGAAAUGAUGUUUGGCAGUGUUGCUAUAUUUAUAGGAAGAUACAGUUAUUACAUUUGACAAAUAGAAUAAUUGUCGCCAAAUCAGUAAAAAAGAUCAAUUUGAAUAGAAUUUAUGCAGCAAAGUAGAACAAGUUUUUACCAUGCAUUUGUCGUAUAUGUGGUCUAAACUUGUUCAAUUGCUUCUAGUUUACUGAUAAGAGUUUUUAAGUUAAUAUAUGAAGUAUAGCCAAUGCAAAAAACACAUUUAGUAAAACAUUCUAUCAUGAGCAUAUGCAUCACAAAACCGCCAGAUAUAUAGUUAAAGAUGCAAGGAUCAACAUUUCCGAAGACGGAAAAUUGAUUCGAUUUUGCAGUAAAAAGAUAUUCUAAUAUAAAGUUUGCCUCUCACACAUGCUUAGAAAAGCAUAUUUACAAAAAAAAUCACCUUCGAUGUUACAUUAUUUUUCACGGUACCCUUCAAUCAAUAUGCAACUUUUAACAAAGAUUUUCGUAAUUAAAAAUGUUACGCGGCCUUAAGGUUUGAGGUAUGCAGAGUGACUGUGGAUCUUUUUUAAUAUCCUUUGAGUUUUCAAUUCCGAUUUUUAAUACAUAUAUAUAUAUUGGCAUAGAAACUUCCAAACUCUUGUGAAUGAAAUGAAGCUAUAGGAAGAUGGUCACAUUUCGUCGCUGUUGUGCUAUCUUAUGACAAACGCCAUUUUGGGAUAAACUGAGUUAGAUAUGCCACUUGUUUAAAAAUUCUCUACAAAGUGGCUGUUUUUAAUUUUUAAUUUUUUUGCUACAAAAGACUGUGUGGGGAUUGGCUCAAGUUAUUUUGAUGUAUAAGAUGUUUUUGUGCGUAAAAUUAUCUGAGAAACACAAUGGCUUAAUCAUUUUCAAAACAAAAAUACACGAAUUGUGAGAAAAAUGCAGUGGAAAUAUAGCAUAUUUGGCAACACUGUAACCAAAAAUAACUAUUUUUUUCUAGAAUCCUUGACUCCUUUCCUUCAAAAUUCAUCUCACCGAUUGCUUAUAGACCAAAUGAAGUCAAAGAUAUGUGUGAGUGCCACUUUUGUUUACAUUUAUUGUAAAAAAUCUCAAUAUAGUCAACCGAUCUUCGUAAUAUUUGAGAGUUUAUUACAGAAUAGAUAAAAGCAUCAAUUGUUUUCUUUGAAUUGUUUAUACCAUUUUUAGGUUUUAAUAUAUAAAUCUCAAUCUUUAAAAAUCGUUUUUCUCGAAAUGUGCUAAAUGGCGCUUGUCAUAAGAUAGCACAACAGUGACGAUUUGGCAUAUGCCUUGUGGAGCAGUGUUGCGAAAAAAGUUAAAUAUAUUGCUGGACCUAGGUUUUUAGCUUUUCUCGUUCGUUUCAUCAGAUGCUGACAGACCGUUUUGGCCGCCAACCAGACACUAAACCUAAAAAAUGCAUACACGAUUGAGAACUGAUUGUUUUUUGGUUUAAAUAAUAUGCGGCAAUAAGUCAUACGGCCGUUGAAACCAUAAAUUUAUUGAAAACAAUGUUCGAUAAACGAAUCAUACUGAAACAGGGUAGGGUCAAUUUGUUUUUCCCGUUUUUGCGAUUUGAUUUGAUUUAAGUCUCUCGUAUACGCCGACAAACCACAAACAACUGAUGAGUUAGACGGCGCCAGUUGUUAAGUGGUAAGCGUGACCGCCACUCACCCUAAUGAGUUCAAUCCCACCCAGUCAAAAAGGGCAAGUUGCUGGUUAACGGGGGGCUAUUUGCCAACUCGGAUGCGCUAAUUGCUCUACAAUUUGCCAGCAAUUUGCUGACAAUAUGCAACAUUUGGGCGAUUUGUCGCCGUCAUUUUUUUGCCGCUCUGGCCGCCCUUAAAUCGCCCCCAAAUCGCCCAGGGAACGCGCCAUUUAAUCGCCCUUAAUUGCCUGAUAUGAAAAUUAAAAAUAAUAAUUAUUUUCGGAUUCACUAUCUACUCACAUAAAUUUAUCAGUACACUAGGUAAUCACCACCAGACUAUAGGAAGAAUCGAUGGUGAAAUUCGUAUUGCACGCCAAAACUUACCACAAUCUGACUUUCAUUUAGACUUUAGGUUAGAGAUCUUGUUCUACUAUACUUACACACGAUUCCACAAUCUCCCACAUUCGUUGGCUAAAUUAAGUGCACUAAACAAACAAAAUACAAGCGGGAACAGGCCAAUUGUUUAAAAAAACAAUUUUAAACUUAAGUCAAACAUGAACCGCCAUGUUUGAAAAACGCAAAAAACAACCAAGUCCAUUUCAGCCGCCAGAAAAUUUGUCUAAGUAUUGAAAUUGCCUUUAAGUUGCAUUUGUUCCUAGGGGCAAUUAGCACAGGCGAGUUGAGUCAAACGUCAAACUUUUUAAAUCGCCUGACCAUGUUCGUCCGCAUUUUUUUUGACAGGGCAGCCGAGGUCGUUGAGAUUUUCUGAGGUGAAAAAUCUGUGGUCACGUCUUCCUUUGGAAGGGAAGUAUAUCCCGGUCCAUGCGUUGCUAGGGCAAUAUCUAGGGUCCAGAUAGUGGAGUCCACCACUCUGGCGUAAUUGGCACCCACGCGGAGGCCGAUGAAAAUAAAAAGUGAUGAGCUAAAGGCCAAUAUUGAAGGCAAUAUUCACGAAGUUUCUCCAGUUGUUCUCAAAAUAUGACAAAAAUGGAUCAAAAUAGGACCGACCGAAUUUAAGACAUUAAAUUACGUGUUAUAUCCCAAAGGCGUUGUUUAUGUUAUAAAGGCUCGUACAGAGGGAAGUAAAAUCAGUUAGAUUGGCUAUCAAUCGUGCAAAGUAAACAAACAUUCUUCUUUUAGAGAACAUGCAAGAAAAGUAGUAGUGUUGAGAAAAAUAAUAUCAUGGCGAAAUAUUUCAAUCGCGUAAACAAGACACUGCAUUAUAGUUUGUGUAACAAUGUAAAAUAAAUUACACAUACCUAUUAGUAUCAUGAACAAAGUGCUGUAUGCCACAAAACAGUAGGUUUUCAAUUAACUCCACUGUGUAACUCGGUUGAAGUCACUCACAGUUACGAUCAAAACUGUGGGUGCCAGCAACAAAGAAGAUCAUUUUAGGCAGUGUUGCACAUUCCACUGUACGGGACUUUAUAAUACCACAGACUCUACUAUAUCCUACCAAAUUAAACAAGUUAUGUAUUUGGUUAUGCAGUCUUUGAUUAAAAAAAAACACUAUUUUGUCUUCAUCCGACGUUUUGAUCUCUUUGGGACCUCUUUCAAGAACUCAAAGGUCUUUAACGGACCGAAACGUCGAGCGAUGACAAAAUAGUGUUGUUUGUAAAUCGGAGACUGCAAAGCCAAACACAUAACCUUAAAAUUGAUACUGUCGAUCCCUAUCCAAAAGACAAAUUUGAGCAAACAAAAAUUAUUUUCAUUGAUUUUUUAGUGUUAUAUUGAAAUUAAAAAAAAAUAAAAAUAUCCUUUUGAAGACAUUUUUAAAAAUUUAAUAUCUAGCUGAUAGCCAAGACGGUCUGUCAGCUACUUACGAGACACAGUCGAAAUACAAUAGUUGGACGUUGGACAGGCUGUUGUUGUUUAUAGAGUUAAAUGUAAAUUUGAAUGUAUUUCAGGUAUUUCCAGGUUGCUCGAUUUUAGGGCGUCCCAUUCAGUAGUCUCUAAUUUUCAUGUGCGUCCCCGCCCGCGCAUUUUUCCUAAUUGCACGCUGCCAAUAAGUGAAGAAUCUGUCUAGCUCAGGGGGUGUCAUCCCAGCCAUCCGCUUUGACAGUAGUCAACAUAUGAUGGGCAUAGCCGCUUCUAGGCCCAUGUUGCAUUGGGUUGCUUCGAUUUUAACAAAGGCAGAUUUUGGCUAGUAAAAAAUGGCCGGCUGGCAGGAGCCAGGUCUAGCUCUUCUAAAACCUGCUGCUUGACUUGUCGCACUGGUUCUGACUUACUUAUCCCCCGCGAUUCGUUCGAAACGUGAUACACACUAGCGCACUAACCUGUUGCUGUUUGCGAUACAAUUGUGCUCGAUUUCCUACCGUUUAUGUGCCAGAAUUUGCGUGACUCAAAACCGAAUGCGUGACUCACCGCAUAAAUGAGUUUGGGGCUUGAAUAAUUGCUGCGGUUGAAAUGAAAGAAUGAAUAUAAAUACCCUGGCCAUUCGGAAUUAAAGUAACGGCUUAAUGUGGAAAGUGUUUCGGAAUUUCUUAUGAACGGGGAUAAAUGGUAAAAGUUUGGCUUAGUUUUAUUUUAUUCCAACAGCUUUGGGCGGCAUUAACACGCGCAUUGCACUAAACGACAAACGAUCGUUUCAUAGUACUUAGAACUAGCUUAUUUGGCUUAGCGAAAAUAACAGAUGAUAAGUGAAGCUCAAUCGAUUUUCGGGUUGUCUUUAGUUGUACAAAACUCGAUAGAUAUUAAGUCUAGGGUUUAUUGAUGAAUAGCGGUAAUAAUUAGGCCCGUACUUGGGACACGGAAGGGAUUGAUCAUGUUGGCGCUAAAUAGGAGUAUAAACUAUCGCUGGUGAUUGUUAAUAGGAAUACGACUUUGAAGAUUGCAAAGUGUACAAUUUUACAAUCAUCUGUAUCAUCUGUAUCUGUACUGGCAUACAGUACAAUCUUGUACUGUAUGCCAGUACAGUAGGCAUUCACACGAUUUAAUAAAAUCACUUUCCUUCGCCGCCCGGCAACGAGGAAACUAAUAAAGGCUUAAAAAUGUUACCAGACAAUUUAAAAGGUUGCAUCGCGUUACCCUGAACGGUGAUCGGUACCGGUACGGUGCAUACCACCAUAGCGAACGAAAUUCUGUCAGCAUCAUAGACAAACCAGUUUGAAAAUUUAUUUCUGUUUCUCCAUCCAUUCAAUCAGCCACAUCUAAUAAUCUUCUUCCAGCUUUCCCCGGUCGAGUAUCAAACCGACCCAAAAGUGGCGGUGGUCGGUAAUCUCCCAUCGGGAUCGUCACGCCACUGCCUGACCGCCGAGUGAGUGAGAGAGAUCAAGAUCAGCAUUCUCCGCUGGUUGCAGUUUCUUUCUUUAGCCUCACUGUGCAGAGACAGAGCUCGCACACGGGCUCGAAUCAUUGUGGGCACGACUGGCUACGUACAGCGAGCGGGAGGAGAACAAUGGCUGCGUUACCUACCACAGAUAACAGACAUGUUGACUAGAAUGAUUUUUUUUUAAUUCAAUUCGUUUAUCGUUUGUGUUAUCUUAACGGUGUUAAUUUUUUGUUUUACAUUUUAAAUUUCAUAAAACUAGUGGAUCACAAUUUGAAAUUAUUUUGUCUACUAGAUUUAAGAGGAACAAUUUUACAACUACCCUAAAACUAGAAAUGCAGUUCGAUUUACAAGAGGAAACAAUUGAAUUUUAUUGCUGAAAUCGAUUUAAGAGCCUGUGUAAAAUUUUGAAUCGAUAAAUUUUGUAAUAAGUCUUCACAACUGCUUUCUGCUACACUGUUUGGUUUCGCUCUAACAUUGUAUUGGCCGCUGCGUUUGUCUGAUGCAUUUUUGACUCGUUUAGAAUUAUUUGCAAUAACAGUUCCAUGGCAUCAUCACAGUUCCUCGAUGGCGGAGUGGUUAACGCACCCAACUAGAGACUGGGAAAUCGUAGGUUCGAUUCCUGCUUGAGGACAUAUCUUUUUCAGUGUUUCUAAUAAAAGUGAAUUUUCACCGUUUCUUCAUUCUCAUUCUUUCUCUGUCUGUUUUCCAGUGGACACGUUCAUAAAAAAUCCUUAAGAAAGGAAAAAACAAAGACUCACGUCCUAACAAGGAAUAUAUAAUUUGAAAUUAUUUUUCUAAUAGAUUUAAGAGGAACAAUUUUUCAACUAUCUUAAAACUAGAAUUGCAGUUCGAUUUACAAGAGGAAAUAAUGGAAUUUUAUUGCUGUAAUCGAUUUAAGAGCCUGUGUAAAAUUUUGAAUCGAUAAAUUUUGUAAUAAGUCCCUCACCAGUGCUUCCUGCUACACUGUUUGGUUUUGCUCUAACAUCGCAUUGACCGCUGCGUUUGUCUGAUGCGUUUUAGACUCGUUUGCAAUUAUUUUCAAUAACAACAACUUUCAAACAUGAAUCUAAACGUCUGUUAUCUGUGACUUUAAACUCUGCAAAGAGGCUGUGUCUGAAAACGACAAGUCGAUUCGGCUUGAAUGGGUCUCUGCUGUGCUUUGCUACUCGCCCUGUCAUACUCACACCCCGAAACCGGGAAGCCGCUCCUUUGUUGUGACUGCGUGGUCCUAAUGGUUGCUUCAUUUAUUAAAACCGUUUAAGAUUUAUUUAUUUUUACAAUUAGUCAUUGAUUAGUUCAAGCGGAGACGGAUACCAGUGGUGUGUGGGAAAAUAGGACGGGAAGUGGGGAAGAAGUGUGGUUUUUGUGUGGAAUGAUAGCUUUUUGCGGUGUGGUUGUUGUUGUACCAUAAAUUAUAAGGGUGAUUGGAAUCUUGAAAUGUAUUGCAUACAUUUAUGAUUGAAAACUUCUUCUGUAAGCACAAUUUAUCGUCCGUUUUAAAAAAGGAAUUGAAGCCGAGAUUUGUUUUAAAAAAUUCUCUAUUCGUUAGUUGUGUAACUUUUUCAGUUAUUCGCAGGACAAGUUAAAAGGUGCGGCAUUUUCUGAUUGAUGUCUCGAAGGACGUUUUUCCAUGUUUUCUUUUUUUCAGAAAGCACUUUUUUGUAUUAAAAUAUGAACGUUUAAGAAUAACAAUUGAUUUAUCUUUCGUAUUGUCAUCAAUAUACACGGGAAUCGUUUAUUUAAUAUUUCCAUUGUCGAUGGCGUGUUUUAGUUACCAAUUUGUUCUAAACCAACACCAAUAUUUUUAUUCGGAAAAUUCGGAGGUAUACAUAAAACCCCUUACCCCCUAGAUCCCCUUUGAAGCCAUUUUUUCUAAUUAUUGGUUGGAGAAAAAAUCAAUUACAAUCCUCUUUUGCUUAUAUAUUUCUAGCCCUUAACUCAAAUUUGAACUCAGAGAUAAAAUGUCUAGAUAACCACAAAAUUUCUACGUUUUGCGCACUUCUAACGCUGACCUAUUUCGAACUCACGGGGGUGGCUUUUUAAACACCUUCCCUCUUGCACGUUAGUUUCCGCUAGAUUAGGCGAACAAAAAGGCAUCUAAAUUAACUUCACCGGUGUAUAUCCAAUAAACAAUUUUCAGCCCAUUAAAUUCGCCAGCCUGGCUAGCACAUUUUGUAACUCAGUCUCUACAUACACCGGACCGAGCAGAAACACUUACGCUUCCGUCACUAUCAAAACAUGUCACAAAGGUAACCGUUUUUAUGGUUUUACGUGACAACGACACCCGAAAUUGUUGGUCGCUGUUGGUGUUUGGGGGGAGCGAUACGACGACCGCCACGUCACGUCACCUAAGCCUGACCGGAUGCUUGUUCCAGGGAACGACGGAGUCGGUUUUAUUUCCCGAAAUAAAACUCCAUUUGCGGGAAUCAGGGGGCGGUGAAGUGGGCAAUCCUUGGAAAGAGGAGGUAAGAUUAAUGGUUUGAUUUUUUAUCGCUAAAUGCCAAUGAUUCUUUUUCCCGGGGACGUGAAAAACUGACCAAAUAGCUUGUCGGUGAAGUAAAGUAGCAAGUUUUUUUCGGAAUUAGAACUGAAUUACAUGACCAAUACUACGGAGUAAUUGUUUGUUCGAGACCCUUGCGGGUCAAAUAAGACUUCCGUGGAACGUUUAGGUAGCCAACGCCCUGCAGAUUAUUGCAAUUUCUGCAAAACCGAACCACCUUGGGUGUUGAGUUGAAUUAUUGGCCACGAUUAUUCAACACAUUAACUAGUAAGUGGCGCAAAGCUGAUGAAUGCAGUCUAGAACUGGCAAUACAAGUGCAACUGUAAACCAGUUCCGUUUUGUUUACAGCAUAUAGUGAAGCCCGUGGGUAUGACCUUGGGUCCGUCUACUUAUUAGGUUUGGCACAAAAUUGAGAACUGGAUUGAUGAUUCGGUAUUUAUUCUGUUGAUUAGGUACUGUUGCGUUGGUCGUCGGGCAAAACAGUGACAGGGUCGACAUGCUGUUUGCCUACGCAAGCAAUGGUUUGCCCACGGGGAUCAAUAGUGUCGCUCAGCGUAGCGUAAACGAAAUCGUAUCUAUACUAUGAUGAUUGGUCGAAUUCGGAAAUGUUACUUUCUUUAGGUGGAAAAAUUGAAGUCUUAUUGUUGUGUAAACUUUUAAAGCUGCCUUUGGUGGGUUUGUGAUAAUCAAGUCUAUCCUGAUAACCAGGGGCGGAUCCAAUUUUUUUUCGGGAGAGGUCUGAAAUUUUGAUUUUAAAAUAAACAUUGUACAAUUCGUAAUACAUAAUAACCUUAUUUAAUGAGUAUAAGUUUUGUUUGUAAAAUUUGGCUUGGAAUGAUUUUGAAUUUAAAACUAGUAGAAAACUUUAAAAUUUCUCAACAAGCAACGUUUAUUUACAAAUACUUGUCUUGUUGAAUACUUGUCUUGUUGAAUACUUUUACUUAAUUUAACUAUACUUUUUAAAUACCCAACAAGCCUUGAAUUUUCUCGAUUUCAAGAGUAGGAUAUUGCCCCGAGAUUAAUGAGCCUGCUAUAAGAGACUAAUUGAGAUGGCGAACUCCCAAGUGGUACUAACUCAUAUUGUACUAGAGGGUCCCUCAUAACGAAAAACAGAAAACGCGUUGAUAAUCGAGGAUGCUUUGCUUUUCCUUAGAGAGUGCUAUUUGUUUGUCUGAUGUCGUUAAAACGAUUGUUACCAACUUUUCGAGCCCAAUAGAAUGCCUUAUCAAUAAGCGGGUUUGUCAAGAUUAGUAGAAUCGAAGGCUGCCUUCUCUCUCUAUUGCUACAAAAGAUCUAGUACACGAUGUACCAUCGAAUUUGCAGUACUGCUUGCAUAGGCGGUUCCAGCUGGAUAGCAAAGGAAGGAGGGGGAACUCCUUUCUUACAAAAUAGUGCCAAAUUUUGGAAACUCAUAUCUUAACACGGUUCGUAUUUUGAGAUUGGCGAAAAGUUGGACAAAUCACACCAUCCUUGAAAGCAAUCACUAUUGUUUCUCUUCUGCUAAUCUUCAGAGAAUCCAUUUCGCCAUUGAUUAUUUUUUUUACAAAAAACACUGCAUAUCUAACCUUUUUGUGUUUUUCCAGUUGGUCAAGUCCAAUUAACCAAUAAACCAAUCAGAAUGCAAUGAGUGAACCGAAGGGUGUCGCUACAGUAGGUCUGUUAGCGAUACAAACUCAGAAAGCAUUUUCAGUAGUGUUGACGUACAAUCGUGUUGUUUUCCAUGCAAAACCAAACAUCAAAAUUACAGAAAAACUAAACAUUUUGAUUCAAAUAUUUAUUUAACCCUUUCAUGCCCAAAUUUUUUCUAGUGCAUGUAGGAUUUCAAAACUAUUUUUCCUUGAAUACGGUGGGGUUAAGAAACACGAAAUGAGAUUUUUCAUAAAGAUAGGAGCUUUCCUCGCAGUGGUAGAAUCUGCUCAAUUUUUACCUUCCAAUGCUCAAUACAAUUCUCCUAGAAUAUUUACAAUAGUCCACUUGCGUGGAAAACGUAGCCAAAAUCACUCUAAAUUGAUAAGUUUUAUCAGUUUUCAAUAAUAUUGCAACAUAGUGAAGAUAUAUGAAAAAUUCAUUUUUCGUCGUCAAUAUAAACUGAUCCUGGCAGCACUGCUCCACAGACUAACUGCAAUAACUUCAGUUCUAGAGCUGAUCCUUGUAACUUUUAAUACUCAAAUGAAAUAUAGUAGUCACAUUUAUUAGUCUUACUUAUUUUUAUAAGCAAAUCUUGCAUCAAUUAGAGGUUAUAACUGUUUAAAAACGUAGUUGUCCACAAACAACAUGGGCAUGAAUGGGUUAAUUACAAGUUAUGAUUGUCAAAUAAGAUAUAAAAAGUUUGAUCUCAUUUUACUGCGCUCAUUUGUUUAUUUAUUUCUGUUCCGCGAAACACCAAAUUGAAUACUUACUUCAUCAACAAAAAAUCUCAAUAAAUUUUUAAUUUACAUUCACUGAUUGCAAAAAUAGUAAUCAGAUUUUUUCACAGAUCCAAUUUUUAUGAAAUUGAUACUUUUAAUUCUGGCUGAUUUUUCUAGACAAUUCUUCUACUAGACCCUUGAAACUAUAGCAAAAGGCGUGCAAAAAAACUACUGAUUUCAAACAUGUUAACACUAAUCUGCUCAGUAAUUGGUUCGUUUUUAAUUCGCUCAAGUUAUUUACAAUCAUCAUCUAGAUUGAAAGAGAUGCAUGACUUCUUGAAGAAAUAUGUAAUGCUUUUUUAUUACAGGUUUGUUUUACCAAAAUGUGGGAAACAAUUUCAAUUAACGUUCAAUAUAACGUUGAACGUUGUGUGGGUAACAAAGACGUCAGGUGCUUUCAAAAAUGCCGUUUUAUUCGAGCCGAAUUGAGAGAAUCGGAGCGCAAUUUCGAAAGCAUUCAAUCUGAGUGCAUAGAAAAGAUAGAAGAGAUUUUUUGGGGCUUAGAUUAGCUUUUUUCCUCCUAAGUGAUUUCAUAUUUCUCAUUUUAAUUUAAAACGAACAAAAAUCAGAUCAAGAGACUACCAUAUACUGAAGACUUGAAAUCGAAACUGUUGAACUUAUAUAUUCGACCAGUCACAACAUUUUAGUCGCAACAGUGUUUUAAUACGGAACGAAUUCUUCGCAUGAAAAUGAAAUUAAGUGCCAAUGAAAAUGAUAUUGCAUUAAAAUAACGCUAAAGCAAAAAAUGUCGUCUCGGUCAUAUCGUUCUCAGUAUAUUUAAAUAUGUUUUGCCUAGUACGCAGGAAUGUAAUGCCUAGGCUUUAUACUAAGAGUACAGAGUGCACAGACCUAAUACAGAAAUUCAAAUUGGGUAAAAUUUAAAGACGUCAUUAAAAUUUAAAAUAAAGUUGUCAAUAUCGAGUAUUACAUUUGAGUUUUGUUAAGCGUGACAUUCACUUGCGAUGAAGCGUUAACUUCUGGAGAGUUUUAGUGCUUAGUCGUCCAUAAAUUAAUUUUUUAAAUAAUUAGUUUAGCGGGCUCGGCUCAAUGCUUUAGCCAAUCGGAGCAGUGGUUCUUAAUCUUUUUAUAUCUAUUUCCAACAACAAAAAUAACAAAACGAGUUUUAAUUGUUGUUCAGCAGAUCUCGCGCAAGCUCUUAGCCAUUGCCUGUUAAUGAGGCGGGGAAAUAUUUUUUCCUCACCAACUGCGUAUAGGGGGUUGUCUACAUCUCUCUCGCUAUUGAACACUUCCGUGUCAUCAUCGUAAAUGCUGCCCUUAUGUUCACGAACAUCUAAUUUCUUCCCUGCUUGUUGCCUUUACGAGGGUGAAUUUCUUCACUGAAUGUGCUGGCUAUAUAUUUUGAGAUACUUGACGCAGCUUUUGCCGUUGUCAAUAUUACCAGAACAGGUGGCACAAAUUUGGUAAUUGUUUGUGUUCAGCGGUUUCUGACCAGUAUAAACCGUAUUGUGCCGUUUAUUCACAGAACUGGAACGUACAAGUUUGUUUAAGAUAUGUGCUAAGAAUACUGUGUGUAAUUAUACUAUCGCAUUAUGUUUUGUACCGCAUUUCUCCCAAACGGACAUGUCACUGCAAGUAAGCGGUAUCCGAUCUUGUAAACGAACAUUGAUUCUCUCACCGUUCAUAUAUAUGAAACUCCUAAUUACAGCAUUGUCACUCACUGUGUCAUGUAUUUUAAAUUAUUCAAAAUUUCACUGUGUUUUAAAUUAUUCAAAAUGAAUGGUUGCGUCUGGACCAAUUUUUUAAACGCUAUGAGCGCUCAAUACCUGACAUGGUAGAACUCAAUAAUGGUGAUUAUCGUAAGUCUAACCUUCAUGUUCACCAUCACAAUAUGUUCCUCAUCACGAACACUCGGUCUUAUGCGAGUCAUCAACAAUCACAGUAUUUGGCCGGAGCACCACUUCUUGCUUCUGCGACUCACUCAUCUCGACAGAUUACUAGGACAAGAAGUAUACUGCCGUUCUACGCCCAACUGUCCCAUGUUCCAAAAUUGACAACUGUGAAAAUCUGUAACAAUUGGACAAACAGACUUCGUAUUUUUUUACGAAGUCUUCGAACACACUAUGUGAUUUGGAUGUGUUUUCUGAAAAUACGCCUGAAAAAUAUUUGUUUGAGAAAAAAAUGUGAAAACGGUCAAAAAGCAACAUGGGACAAUUAUGCAUAGAACGGCAAUAUAAUAUGGUUUCAUUUUCUCUUCAGACAAGGCAUACAAUAAUAAAUAUAUUUGUCGUUCGCUUUGCACUGGCUCGGACAGAAGCAUAAGCCACACUGAGCUUCGUGACCAUUUGGUUGCUGGAAACAGUGAUCUUCUCAAUAAUUCCACUAAUUAUUAAAAGUAGCUGAUAAUAGUUUUUCUUAAAUUUAUUAUUAAAACAUCUCGG